UGAAAGCUGACUCUGCCUUUAUAUUUUCUUCUGUAUUAAGCUGACCAAAGGCAAAUCCAUUUGUAUCUGUAGCUGGAAUUUUCGUCAUUCUUACUUUACCUUCCUUCCUCACCUUCUAAUUCUGCAACAAGUUCCAAACUUUCAAAUCUCACCGCCCCAAAAAUUCUUUUUUGGUUACCCAUUUGACUUUAGCCUCUGCAACAGAGUCUCAGAUCUCUGCAUUCCAAUUCCCAUGGCUGGUCGCUAUGACAGUAACCCCUUCGAUGAGGAAGAAGUUAACCCUUUCUCUGAUCCAUCUGUAAGGGGAAAAGCAUCAAGCCAGUCAAACUUCAGUGGGGGUGCAUUUUACACCACAAAUCCUGGAAGUGUUCCCGCUGCCACUAAUUCAAGGCUUCCACCUCUUAAGCCAGAACCUGUUGAUUAUAAUUAUGGCUUUGGUGCGACAGUUGAUAUACCUCUUGAUUCAUCAAUGGAUUUGAAAAAGAAGGAGAAGGAACUUCAAGCCAAGGAAACUGAAUUGAGAAAAAGGGAACAGGAAGUGAGACGGAAAGAAGAAGCUGCUUCACGAGCUGGAAUUGUUCUUGAGGAGAAGAAUUGGCCGCCUUUUUUCCCAAUAAUCCAUCAUGACAUUGCUAAUGAAAUUCCAAUUCAUCUUCAAAAAUUGCAAUAUGUUGCAUUUACUACAUUGUUAGGAUUAGUGUUGUGCCUUUUUUGGAAUGUUAUAGCUGUUACUGCUGCUUGGAUUAAGGGUGAAGGUGUAAAAAUAUGGUUUCUUGCCAUUAUCUAUUUCAUAGCAGGGGUUCCUGGAGCAUAUGUUCUGUGGUAUCGCCCAUUAUAUCGUGCUUUUAGGAAUGAAAGUGCUUUGAAAUUUGGAUGGUUUUUCCUGUUUUAUCUGCUUCACAUAGGAUUCUGCAUCUUAGCUGCAGUUGCUCCUCCUAUAGUUUUCAAAGGCAAAUCCCUGACGGGCAUUCUGGCUGCCAUAGAUGUGCUGGGCGACCAUGCUUUGAUCGGGAUUUUCUACUUCGUUGGAUUUGGAUUAUUCUGCAUUGAAACGUUGAUCAGCAUUUGGGUCAUUCAGCAAGUAUACAUGUACUUCCGUGGCAGUGGUAAGGCUGCUGAGAUGAAACGGGAAGCCGCCAGGGGAGCAAUGAGGGCUGCAAUAUGAUGCAUCAAUCAUGUGAAGAAGGCAGUAUGAUAAACUUGUGUAUGGAUCAAUGUUGUAUAUUAGAAGGCACACACAGAAAUUGUGAACAAAAAUAUUCCAGUGAGCAUGAUUUUUGUUUACAGCUGUUAUUUGUUUAUUUAUUUUUCUGUUGGUUAACAUGCUACUACCUUAAUGUGGUUUGUUAGUGUAUAUUAUAAGCUGAGAGCUUGGACAUACUAGUGGCUGGUAGAAACAUGCUUUAAUUAAUUGAAGUUGAUCCUCUUUAUAGUUUAAA